AUGAAGCAAAAAUCAGAUCGCAGAAUUCUGGGCCUUCUACCCACUGAAUUAUUAUGCGAGAUUUUGAGCAAAUUAUCUGCGAAAGAAAUUUUCAAAUUAUGCCUCGUUUGUAGGAGUUGGUAUGAUUGCAUUAUGCAGGAUGAAACUUUUAUGAACAUUGUUUGGAAAAAUGCUUCGGAAAAGCUUGUUCAUGAUUUUUAUUACAUGUUCAUUCGGAAUGAUGAUGGUAACAACCUAUCGUCAUCCUCUCUUCGUAUUGACAUGAUCAAAAACGAUCAACAAUGUAAAUUAGUGGAUGGAGACUUUAUUGACGACGAUGAUCUCUUUAUUAAUUCUCCUCUCAAGACAACAACCACAUUCAGUAAAUUUAAAAAGGAGAGUGUUGUACGGAAAAUAUUAAGAUUAUCACCAUCAGCAAUUCGUUCAAAAUUAUUUUACAUGCACAUUACUGAAAAUACCAAGAAUGCUGCAUUAAUGAACACAUCACUGGUGAAAACCAUAGCUGAUUUAAUUACAAACAAAAGCAUCACGAUUAGCAUGUGGUUUAAAUUGCACUCUCAUUCAACCGGUGGAGUGUUAUUUGGAGUUCAAAAUUCACCAUUCUCUGUCGGUACUGCUUUUGUGCCGGUUAUAUAUGUUACCAAUACUUUAACGCUACGAGCUGGAUUUUGGGGAGCACAAUUUAUGGAAUUUUCAGGAAUACUCACAGAUGACAAGUGGCAGCAUGUGGCCUUAACGCAGUCCAAGAACAAAUCCACAUUGUAUUUCAAUGGAAAGGUUGUUGGUACAACCAUGCCUGAUCAUGGCACUUUUGAUCACCAUACUCACAAGCUCUAUCACGGACAAAUUGGAAGUGGGUUGUGUGAUAGGUGGCCUGGAAGCUCCAUGAACUAUUCUUGUAAUUGUUAUACGUUUGUUGGAGACAUUUCCGAAGUUAAUAUUUACAGCAAAGAGUUGAAUGCUCAGCAAGUAGAGGAAGAAAUGAUUUGUGCUCAUCCCCAACCCUCUCUAUUAGCAAGUUGGAGUUUCACAAAUGCGGUUCCAUCGCAACACUAUAAGAACAACGAAGUGGCCACAGUACCAUCAUGCAACAAAUGCUCUGCACCACCUCUCACUGUUAUUGGGUCGAGCCACUCGAUUUGUUUUGAACACUUGGAUUUGUAA